AUCAAACAAAGACAUUUCCUUUCCUUUCCUUUCCUUCCCUUGCCCAAUUUCCUCAUUAUCAUCCUCCUCCUCUACCUCAACUUCUCAAUCAGCAAUUCAUUCUCAAACAAACCGGUGUCGUGUAGGAUUUGUGCAUGGAAGCCCACAGAACCGGCAGUCAAACGACGACGUUGGCGGCAUCCUCCGUGUACGAGAGAUGGGAGGAGGUGUACGUUUCCAGCGAUAAGGGGAAGAGAGAAGUGCACUAUUUUCUGAAAAGAAGGAACGGCGAUGGAGGAUUAGAUCUGGCGGUGGUGGGAAAAGAGAAAACGCUGAGGCAUAUGUCGUAUCAUUACGCUUUUAAAGAUAGAGAACAACGUUUUUUGCUUCCUAAGCUCCGGUCAAGGCGCGAGGUCAUUGAUUGGUUAAAUUCUGUUGUCAAUCCAGAGUUACAACCACAUCAGUCAGUUAAAUCUGUUGGCACUUACAUGGCAAGCAGAGAAGCCAACAAUCAGGAUUCACAUGUGGUAAAGAAUCUGAAGCAGUGCUCUAAAGAGGUUAUGUGGUUAGGUUCACCCUGGACAUGCAGGAAAAGGCGGAGACAUUACCGGUCAUUUUGUCGAAAUGGAGUUGAAAUUGCAGUUCAUGAUUUUGUCUAUGUCUUGGCUGAAGAAGACGAACGACUUGUUGCUCAUUUAGAUGAUAUGUAUGAAGAUACCAAGGGCAACAAGAUGGUUGUGGUACGAUGGUUUCACAAAAUUGAUGAGGUUGGUGUUGUUUUGCCUCAAUCCUACCGUGACAGGGAGAUUUUCUUUUCUCUUUGUCUUCAAGAUCUCAGUAUUGAAUGCAUAGACGGACUGGCAACUGUUCUUAGUCCUCAGCAUUAUGAACAAUUUCUGAAUGGGGCAAAACAUACUCAGUUGGAGCCAUUCGUAUGCCACAGGCAGUUUGACAAUGAUGAAAUCAAGGCAUUUGACGUAACUCAACUUAAAGGUUACUGGAAACAGGAUCUAUUGAGAUACACUUGUCCUGUUGAUGAUGGUCUAGAGGUGGAAAGAAAUCCUAGUGAUGCUGCUGCGAAUAGACCCAAGAAGAGGCUCCGAUGGUCCGAAGAGUGUGACAUGAACUUGCAAUCUGCCAGCCAAAAAGUUGACGUUAAUGCUACUUUACAAAGUUGCAAUGGCAGUCUAACCAGCUCUAAAGUUGUAAUGGGGUUGUGCCGUCUGAAAGAAUUGUCUGCUGCUUCAUUUGGUAACAUUAAACUGGAGAAAAAAAAUUCGCAGCAUCUAAGCAUUGGUUCUCAAGUUGAAGUGCUCUCUCAAGAUAGUGGUAUUAGAGGCUGCUGGUUUAGAGCAUUCAUUGUGAAGAAGCACAAAGAAAAGGUGAAAGUACGGUAUCAGGAUAUCAUGGAUGCCACUGAUGAAGCCCAAAAUCUGGAGGAGUGGAUUUUGGCGUCCAGGUUGGCUGCACCUGAUGAGUUGGGUGUUCGAAUCUGUGGGAGGAGUAUUGUCAGACCUGUGCCAUGGACCAACAAGGGUAAAGUUUCAUGGGUAUUUAAUGUUGGAACCCUCGUUGAUGUGUGGCGGCAUGAUGGGUGGUGGGAAGGCAUAGUUGUUAAGAAAGAAUCUGAAGAUCGUCUACAUGUUUAUUUUCCAGGAGAAAGGCAGGAACUGAUCUUUGGUUGUGGUGAUUUGAGGCAUUCACAGGAAUGGUUGGAAGAUGGAUGGAAGCAGCUAAAGGAAAGGUCAGAUCUUGUAUCCGUGUUAUCUGGACUGGAAAUAAAGCAAGAUAUUGCUAACUGCGGCAAUGUUAAACCAGAGAAAGCUGUCUUGUGUUAUGAUAGAGAUCUUGUUGACAAUUCUGUGGUGGAUAUGGGAGACGAGAAGUUGAAUGAAUUGAAAGUCAUGCGAGAUCUCUCAAAAGAUGAUUUGCUCUCACAAUUGAGAUGGAAAUCAUCAGGGAGAAGACGACGUAGUAGGAGCCCCGUUCACAAGUUGCAGUUUGGUGUUCAUGACAAUAAUAAGAGAGUUGAGGAUUCACAUAAGCAAACCUAUCGGAAAUAUUUUGGUCUGCCCUUGAAGGUGGAUCCCGACAACUGCAAGUAUAGGGGUGAUUCUUCUUUUGGUUCUUCAAUCGUCUCUCCAUUGUCAAACUUGGUUAUGACUCGAUGACGGUUCUUCUUGGGCUUUCAAGUUCUUACAGGAUUGAUUGAAGAUCUGGACACAUUCGUGGAAUUGUUUUACAUGUAUAUAGUAUCCUGGAUUUUGGCUUUUUAGAUAAAGGUACCAUGACUCAAUUUUUUCGUUGAUGCGGGAAAUGUGUAUAUGAAGUUGCUGAGGUAUCUGACUCAAUGACCUUUUGUAUGAACAAGUAGCAGUAGCCUGAGGCAGUACAGAAUGCGAAGCCACAGGUAACGUUGUUGAUGUAGUAGAAAGAAUGACCACUUUAGGCUAAUUUAAUACCUCAUAACACUUCAGCAAAUUGACGCGCCUUGUUACCAGCUGAGAAUACUUCUUGUAAUCUCUCUUUAUAUUCUUGUUACCAGCUAAUUAAAAGUUCUUAUCGUCUGGUAUCAAA